CCUAUUCUACGCAUCUAAACCACAACGUUUUAAAGACAAAAAAUCACGUACUCCACCUCGCACGCCGCCAGCCAGGGGCGAACCCGUAAAUCGUCAUUCUUCUAUUUUGUGCGGUUUAAACCACACGUGUUUUGUUGUAUUUCGGCGUUUAGUGUUUCUGUUCGACGAGAUGGCAAUUUUCCAUAGCCUCAGCGAUACGGCUGAUACCAGCUUCUGACCGCGGGAAUAUUCCCGAAAUGGACACGGUCAAUUACGGAGAUAUACAUCUCCGCGGAAAUAUACAUUUUCGCACGCACGGACGAUUUUCCCAAGUACUCGGGAUUAGGAGCCGUCUUAAGUGUCCGACGUAUUUAAUUCCGUUUCGACCAAAUGGAAGCGAGAUGACGAUUCUCUAGCCUCAGCGAUGCCGCUGAUACCACUUCUGACCACGGGAAUCGAGACGGGAAUACUCCCGAAUUGUUCACGGUCAAUAGUGGAGAUAUACAUUUCCGCGGAAAUAUAAAUUUCCGCACGGACUGACGGACGGUUUCGCGAGGAGGCUGCAAUUCGGGAUGAGGAGCUGUCCGAAAAAGAAACGAAAUGGCCUUAGUUAUGCUUCCUUGCGAACUUCCAUGGUGGGGUACCGUUCAAAGACAUCUAACAAAACUUCUACAAGCCCAAAACACAUCCGACCUCACGGAAGGAAUGCGAAACAUUCACGAGCUAUGCAACAUAAGUAUAGAUCCUGAUGAUGAAGAGAGAAUAGAACGAGAAACUUUCGCCGAUUUAGCCGAAUUCCUAGAUAAUGAUUUGACUCCCGAAGAAAAGACAAACUUUUUUAAUAACACAUUACCAAAUAUUGUAAAUAGAGCGAUGAACCUUAAGAAAUGGAAACCAAAGAGGGGCCUUCACUUCAGCUUGCAACAGCAAUCCGAUUCUACGGAAAUAGAUUAUAAUUUUGUUUCGUCACUAAUAGCCAACGCAUUUUUUUCCACAUUUCCAAAAAGAACUGAUAAAAGUCAUCCGACAUUGCAGAACUUUAAUUUUGUAACGUUUUUCAAGUCGCUAGGUCUCAAUUCGCAGAAAGCGAAGCUGCGAAGUUUCAUGUACUAUUUUGACUGGUUAGGGACGAACACUAACUCAGUAGGGUACAUGCGGGUCGUACGUCAAGUGAUGUCAAGCAAAGAGUGGUUGACGAUCGAAGACUGGUUAGAGUGCACAUUGCCACUGUGUCCUUUGCAGAUUAAACACGAGGGAAGGUUGGAAAGAUCCGACGAAGACACUAUGCAAGUCUGCUUUUCUAGCUCAAAAAUUGGAGGACGAGUGUUACUGGAUGGCGUAUCUCAGGAAUGUAUUAGUUUAGUCACCUUUCCCGAAAUUCUAUCCGUUUUACUGCAUGUAGAAGCGUUAGAAGACAAUGAAGUCCUCAUGGUAGAAAAACCCAGGCAUAUAACGAGAAUUUUGGAUCCUAAAAACCGUGCAUGCUUAGAAAAAAUAGAAGUGCCCCGCCAGAUAUCCGUUUCGUGCAUUGAUGCCGAGAAUUACACUCAAUAUCCAAUUAGUCAAUACGAAGAAGAUAAUAUUUUAAGGGAAUUAAACAAAUGCCUUCUGGCGUUUCAACAGAAAAACACGAAAUCCAACGAAGUACCUGAAGGGCAAGCGCAGUGUUUCCGCCAACGAAGAUUAUCUCCCAUAGGGGAAUCGGUUGGUUCCUCGAUUGAACCGCCCGAAAAGGCAGUGCCGUUUAUAACACAAGAAUCGUGCAGUACAAAUAGAUCGCAGUCCCCGCACGACAUUAGAAACAGAUUAUCCUGGGAUAAAUUACGGGUAGCUCCCACGGGCACAUUAAAUAAUCGAAAAGGGCGAUUUAUAGUGCUCGGUUCGUCGGGCGAAUGUCUUCCAGUGAAUCGCCACGAACCUAUUCGCCUAACGCCACCGGAAAGUUGUUCAUCAAGUGAAGAAUAUCACAGUGCCAAAACUAGCUUCGAGGAAGGUAGCGAAGACGAAGACAGUAACCGGCGGUACAACGCCGAUCUGCGAACAGCCGAAAGACGACAUUCCUUCGCACAAAGACUUCGAGACGCUUUACACAGAGAAGAGAAUACGACGUCAUCUGAAUCGAACUACGCGGUAGGGAUCUCCGUAACCGGAUCAAAAGUCGAAGACCAAAACAUCAAGUUGCGUAGAGGAGGCUCAACCGGUUUCAUACUAAAAGAGGAGUCGCUGGAUGAGGAAUUUUUGCAGACUUCUUUGCAGCAAGAGCAGGAGUGGAUAGAUAAAUUUAAAACUAAGCAAACUUCGCUAAGUAAAAAAGACUCGGUAAAAUCUACAGAGUCGAGUUUGAGCACGGAGUUUAGUUCCGAGCUAGAAGAGGUUUACGAGCAAUUCUCGAAGUGGUUGAAAGAUCCAAUCCUGGAAACGGACAAGGAGGAGAAACGCGUGCUGGAUCAACGCGAUAUGGCCGUGGUGCAAUUUGCCGGAUCUUUGCUGAAACGUACCUUGAGCGAAUCAUUCGCAGGUGUUCCGUUGACUGAAGGUUGCAUUAACGCAACUAGCAGCAAUGCUGAUAACCACACGGUGCUCAAUAAAAGUAAAAUAGUGCUAAACGCCAGAUCGUUGAGCUUGGAACUUGCAAGGCAAAAGCACCGGCUGGCGGCUCAAUUGCUAACUCAAAUCGCACAGAGACCCAAGGGUAGCUUGAAGGUUGUCACAACGGGAAACUGGGGUUGCGGCUCUUCCAAGGGUGGAGAAGUUCAAUUGAAGGUCAUUAUACAGUGGUUGGCGGCUAGCGUCGCAGGGGUGCCCGCACUUGUAUACUACACAUGUGGCCAUCAGCAGCUCGCCAUGCUGGAUACAAUUUGCCGAAUACUAAUCGAUCGGAAAUGGACAGUUAAGGAUUUGGCAGAGGCCACUUUGCGAUAUUCCUCACAAAUGAUAACGCCAAAAACAAAAAGCAUCUACACUCUAUUUGAAGAACUGAUCGGGGUGGAGAAAGCUACAUAACGUUUAUUAAAAGCAACAAAUAAAUUUGACUGAAAAUA